UGACAAACUUUCGUUCCUGCUCCGUCGUGAAUAUGUGUUAAAAUGACGAUAAAGUGUAGUAAUUACGAUUAUAAGUAAUAAAAAAAAUACUUUACUAAGUAUACAAUUGAAUCGUUAAUCUUUAUCAAAAGUUUACUCAACUGUGACAAAUUAGUGACUUAUGAAAUACUCUUACAAGGAUUGUUGAGAAAAUGUUAUUGUGUGCUAAGUUUCAUAAUGGCGGCCCGUCGCGUCCCCCGCGCCUCCAUUUCGAUGACAGUCAAAUUAUGACAAUGCCGAUACGAGAAAUUAUAAAAACUGUUUUGAUGUUGUAAAUUUUAAAGUGAUUGUUAUUUUGAAUUUUUAAAAGGACUAAAAAUGAAUCCUGAUCAUCAUAAUAUAAACACGGGUGGUGGCCAACCUCCAGGCAGCUCUGAGUUACAGGCUCAAAAUCAAAGAGUGCAAUCGACGCAGCAACAACAGCAGGGUCAAGCUAAUAACUUGACUCCGACAACAUCUGCUACUGAUUUGAGAGUAAACUCAGCGGCGGUAAACGUUGCUUUGUCAAGCGUGGCCAAAUACUGGGUGUUUACAAAUUUAUUUCCCGGUCCAAUACCGCAGGUUUCCGUAUAUGGUUUACCCACUGGUGCAAGAAUUGAAAAUGGGAAGCCUGUACAGGAUCUUGGGCAGGCUCAUGCAAGCCUUCUAAAUGGAGAUCCUAAUAUUAUAUUAGGGCAUGCAGGACAACAACAAGUUACUGUUUCAGCUGGGGGUCAACAAAUUCCCGUAUCACAGAUUAUUGCAAAUCAAGCAACACAAGGCCAUGAGUCGCUGGUGGCACACGGUGCGGCGGAGGGCGGCGGCGGGACGCUGUCGGUGGCGGGCGCGCAGACCCAGCAGGUACCCAAUAAUCGGGUCGAGUUUGUACAACAUAACAUUGAUAUGGGUCAUCACUCCCAACAACAUAUAAUGCAGCAACAGCUGAUGGCUGCCACCCGUCCAGAACAUUCAAACCAGCAGAUCCAACUGACGGUGAGCGAGGACGGCAUCGUGACGGUGGUGGAGCCGGGCGGCGGCAAGCUGGUGGACAAGGACGAGCUGCACGACGCCAUCAAGAUGCCCAACGACCACACGCUUACCGUGCACCAGCUGCAACAGAUCGUGGGCCACCACCAGGUAAUAGACAGUGUGGUCCGAAUCGAGCAAGCCACAGGGGAGCCAGCCAAUAUCCUUGUGACGCAGAAUCCGGACGGUACCACCUCCAUUGAGACGAGCGCCGCCGACCCGCUCAUAGUGAAAGACGAGAAGAAUGUCGCCAAGAUUGAGUCCACGCAGUUCGCGAUACCCGCCGAGAUUAAAGAUAUCAAAGGAAUUGACUUAAAGAGUGCUAUGGGUAUGGAAGGGGCUGUGGUCAAAAUAUCCACUGGUACAGAACAUGAUCUUCACGCCAUGUACAAAGUUAAUGUAGAGGAUCUAUCACAAUUGCUUGCCUAUCAUGAAGUAUUUGGAAAACUAAAUUCCGAAGGCCAACAACAAGCAAAGGUGAUAAGCGAGGUGGAGGUGGAGGCGGGCACGAGCGCCGCGCUGUCGGAGGCCGAGUCGUCGCCCGGACACCACUCCUGCGACAUCUGCGGGAAGAUCUUCCAGUUCCGGUACCAGCUCAUCGUCCACAGACGAUACCACGGUGAGAGCAAACCAUUUACGUGUCAAGUAUGCGGUUCUGCGUUCGCCAAUCCAGUAGAACUUUCGAAACAUGGAAAAUGUCAUUUGGCUGGUGACCCCGCCGAACGCCAGGCGAAACGAUUGGCUCAAGACAAACCGUAUGCGUGCUCCACUUGCCAUAAAACUUUCGCACGAAAGGAACAUCUCGACAAUCAUGUCAGGAGCCACACCGGGGAGACGCCAUACAGGUGCCAGUUCUGCGCGAAGACGUUCACGCGCAAGGAGCACAUGGUGAACCACGUGCGCAAGCACACGGGCGAGACGCCGCACCGCUGCGAGAUCUGUAAGAAGAGCUUCACGCGCAAGGAGCACUUCAUGAACCACGUCAUGUGGCACACCGGUGAAACGCCGCACCAUUGUCAAAUUUGCGGCAAGAAGUAUACUAGGAAGGAGCAUUUAGUGAACCAUAUGAGAUCACAUACAAAUGACACUCCAUUCAGAUGUGAACUGUGCGGCAAGUCCUUCACGAGAAAGGAACACUUCACCAAUCAUAUAUUGUGGCAUACGGGUGAAACUCCACAUCGCUGUGACUUCUGUUCCAAGACAUUUACGCGCAAAGAACACUUACUUAACCACGUGCGCCAACAUACAGGCGAGUCUCCUCAUCGGUGCAACUUCUGCGCGAAAUCCUUCACACGUCGCGAACAUCUUGUUAACCACGUUCGCCAACAUACGGGCGAAACUCCAUUUCAAUGUGGUUAUUGUCCUAAAGCGUUCACUCGAAAAGAUCACCUUGUGAAUCACGUUCGCCAGCACACGGGAGAGUCCCCUCACAAAUGUUCCUAUUGCACAAAGUCAUUCACGCGUAAGGAACAUCUAACCAACCACGUGCGGCAACACACGGGCGAGUCCCCGCAUCGGUGUACAUACUGCGCGAAGUCCUUUACAAGAAAAGAACAUCUAACUAACCAUAUACGACAGCAUACGGGGGAGACUCCUCACAAGUGCACGUAUUGCUUUCGCGCCUUCACGCGGAAGGAACAUCUCAACCAACACAUCAGACAACAUACCGGGGACAUGCCACAUACCUGUUCAUAUUGUAACAAGAGUUUCACGAGGAAAGAACAUCUUGUCACGCAUGUUCGCCAACAUACUGGAGAGACACCAUUUAAGUGCACAUAUUGUUCAAAGUCUUUUUCACGCAAGGAACAUCUCACGAACCAUGUGCAUCUUCAUACAGGAGAGACACCACAUAAAUGCCCUUUCUGCACCAAGACUUUCUCGAGAAAAGAACAUUUGACUAAUCAUGUUAGAAUACACACUGGCGAAUCGCCUCAUCGAUGCGAAUUUUGUCAUAAGACAUUCACUCGCAAGGAGCAUCUCACGAACCACCUCAAACAACACACUGGCGACACACCACACACUUGUAAAGUGUGCUCUAAGCCCUUCACAAGAAAGGAACAUCUUAUGACGCACAUGAGAUCGCAUAGUUGUGGCGAGAGGCCGUACAGUUGCGGUGAAUGUGGGAAGUCGUUCCCAUUGAAAGGCAAUUUAUUGUUCCAUGAAAGAUCGCACAACAAGAGUGCAAACUCGGCAAAUAAAUCUUUCAGAUGUGAAAUUUGCUCAAAGGAAUUUAUGUGCAAAGGUCAUCUAGUAACGCACAGACGAACACAUACAGAUGCAGUUGAAAAUGCAGUAAGUACGGAACCAGCAACUGAAGGCGAAGACUGCGGAGAUUGUAAUAAAUGCGAGAAAGAUGUUCCAGACAGAACAGAGAGAAAACAUGAUACAAGAGCAUCAUCAGAGAGUAGAGCCACUGAAACAAAUGUGGCACAAAAUCAGACUACUAGUUCAGCAGUUAUGCAAAUAACUAGCCAGCAAGUCCGAACCGGAACUGCAACCAGUGUAGCAAGUGUAGCAGCUGGGACUUUCACUCACACAACGAAUACUCAACAUCAUACUGGUACGACCAUAGCACAUCAUCCUGUUACUGUGAAUUACUAGCAUCAACCCACAACUUCGGAUUCAGAGACAAUAUCUGAUCCGUUGAUCCUGUUUAUAGAGAGCUGAUAGUCCUCAUAGCAGGAAGAAACCUGAUAAUACAUUAAGGAAAUCACUGUUAAUACAUUUAUAUUUGUUCUAUUCUUUGUGUUUAAUGUUUACUUUGAAGAUUUUUUAAGAAAUUUAGAACAAAGUGGAAUAAAGUACAAAAUUUUAAAGAUGAAGUUAAUAUUUUCACUUGUAUAUAAAUCCAAUUGUGAAUAAUCCUUGUAAUUAUAAAAAUUAUAAGACCCUCUAAAAGUAAUAUACAAUUCCAUAUGUUUGGAAAAUCAAUAAUAUUUUGUGUUUUAUCAUGGUAAUUGUUACAUGUAUAAUUUUUAGACAUUAUAUUAAAAAAUAUAAUGUCUGAUCACACAAAGAAUAGUACAAAAAUAACUUGUGAGUGAUUACUAUUUUUUUAAACGGAAGUGAGAUAAAACAUACUAAAUGAUAUUUUUCAAAAAUUGCCUGUAAUAUUAUGGCAGAUAAUUAUAUUUUAAACUUGUAUUAUAUGUGUACAUUAUUGUAUAAAGAAAUUAACGCAAUACAAGUUAAAUAGCUACAAGGUUUGAUAAAUAUUCUAAAAGAGAAUUUUGCAGUUGUUAAUAACUUUAUGAACAUUAAUUUAUAUUAAUAGUUUGUUAUGAAUAUCUAUUAUGUGAUUUUAAAUAGUGAUAUUGGUUCUAACUCCUACACAUAUAAUUUCUUAGAACUAAAAGUUUUAUUUUAAGUAAAAUAAAUCACCAUAGGAUUGAAAUGAAUGAAGGUUACCACAAAAAAUAUUUUUUGUAUUCCUUGUAUAAACAAUAUAAAGGUCUAAUAAAACCUUAUUGAUUAGAACUCUGAGUUAGAUUUAAAUUGGUGUCAUAUAUAACUAAUUAAAUAAUAUAUUCAUAAAAUUAUACAUUCCUAAUUAACAAAAUUUCAAUCUUGUAAAAAAAUGUGUUAAAUAAAUUUAAAAAUGGUGUUAUCUGUAUUUAAUAAAAGCUAAAUACAUUUUUUACUUAUUAGAGAUCAAUUUCCCUCAUUGGAUUUAAAGAUUGGAAUGUAAUGACUGUAAAUAACUUUAUACUAUUUUACUUGCAAUCCAUGUAGGGACCAGAAAGCGUGAAACUUAAUUCCUAGAAUAAACUUGCACCCUCCCUAAUGACACAUUAAUUUAUUUAUAAAGAUUUAUUUUUUUUACUUUACUACACUAGUGGUUCUAUUUUAUAGGUUAUUCUUUGCCAUUUAUGUACAGUACAAGCGUGAUAAAUCAAUAGUAAGUUAAGGAUUAAAAAUGUAUAGAUGUUACACUGGUGGCAGUAUGCUUAGCUUAGUCAACCCACCAGUAUAAGAAGUGGUGUUAUAAUCACUUCCAUGAUUACUGUAACACAGCUUAUAAAAUAAAUUAGUUUUUAUGUAUGUACAUGUAAAUAGUUAACACUUAGGUCAUAGUUAUAUCCAGUAGUAUAUCUUAAGGCUAUAUCAUUUAUGUUAUCUUGCUGAAUUGAAUGGAAAUAUAAUAUUGGGAAUUCAACGAUUCUGAAUCGUCUGGUAUUAUAAGGUUUUCUUUUUAAAUGUGUAAAUCAUUGGGAAAGUCAUAUCAUAUUUAUGGUAGUAUCUCUUUGAUGUUACACUUAUGUUUUAUAGAACCUAUCCUUAUUUAGAUACAAUAUUAUAUAUUAUAUUAAAAUCUUAAAUUAUGUUCAGUAAUUUG